AUGCCAGCUUUCCAUCUAUCUCCUUUGGUUGGCCACCGGGAUUGGGUCAGCUCGGCCGAGCAGCGCCUGUUUGCGCUGUUGAAGACUGGCCACCCUUCGCCAGUCUCAUUCUCAGCGUCGCCAAUGUGCACGUCAAGGAAACAGGAGGUCAGAGCCAAGCCAAUCGCUACCACAAAAGUCGCAGUGGCUGUCGUGGCGCCAGGUGCCGGCACAGGCAUCAACGGUGCAGUUUACUCCGAGAUAGCCUGCAGCCCGUCGUUCAAGGUAGAUGUCAUUGGGCGCUCCAGGGCACCUUACGAUGUGUAUCCGCCAUGUUGGCCUCAAGGCGCGCCAGCACCCAAUCUGCAGAGCUUCGCUGAGGAGGUGCUGGAGACGGGCGCCCACCGGAACGCUCAGGUCAUGAUCUUUGGAUCCCGCGGGGGACAGGUGGUACUCCCGCAGAUGUGGCAGGCAGAGGCGCAGGGCUUGGUUCCCCCUGUGCCUCCAGCAGUUGUUAUCAAUGGCGGAUGCGCCAUGAACUUGCCAACUCCAGUUUAUUGGCCAGACGCAGCUGUCAGCUUUCUACUCAUUGGAGGGAAUGACAACUUCAGGGGAAACCUCAGCAUGGAAGAGUACGUUGCUGAGACGAGGAGCUAUGUGCCCCCUAGCAACAAGACCACGGCUAUUUUGUCAGUAAACGAGAUGACGCACAUGCCCCAACAGUCGUUGCUGCGAGGAAUCCUGCGGCUAAUGUUGAAAGCCCUGGUCUCCUGGAAGGCAGACGGCAAGGUUCCACUUGAACGCCUUCGUCAAACGCUCGCCUUCCUGAGACAGGAUGGAUGGAGCGGACGGCUGCUGUACACGACGGCGCCUGGUGCAUGGGAGGAUAUUCCAUUCAGUCCCCGUGAUAGAGAGAAACUUCAGGUGGCUGUCCCUAGACACAUCCACCAGGAGGACCUCGGAGCGGGGGACGAGGCGAAGGCUCUUUGGAAGGCUGCCGUGCCCUACAAGGGACAUCGCUUAGCCCAGGCGGUGAAGGUUUGCUAA